GAUCAUAACUUAACCGCUACAGUAAACUGUCAAAAAGGUUAACAUCGUUCGUCCAAGUUCCCAUUGUCGAAUGUGCUAUAAUAAUUUUCAUUACGUUCGUAUUCGCGUGUUCACGACAAUGUAUAUGAUUUUGAAUGAAAGAAUAAUUGACGUACCUUCAACGAUAAUCAUUGUUAUUCGUUAUAGACAUAUCUUUGUACCACCUGUAAAUUGUAGAAUUGUUUGAAAUCUUACAAUUGAAGACUCUGUUUGAGUAGAAUAAGAAAAGUAAUAGUAAUAAUUAUGAGCGAUGUUCAAAAACUUUUUGCUUGCACGUCAUCAGGCUGCAAUAUGAGUUUCACCGAUGAGGAUCACUUAGCAAUUCAUAGAAAGAAGCAUGACAUGGUGUUGAAUCUUGAAAACAAUGGAAAAAAUACUGGAUUUGUAGCUGAUCAAACACCGACUCCAACUAGAUUCAUUCGCAAUUGCGAGGAAGUGGGAUUGUUUCAAGAUUUACAAAAUGUUAAUCCUUUCGAAGAGACUUUUCGAAGAGCUGUGGAAGCAAGAAACACUGGAACGCUUACUGUACCAGGAGAGGUGGGAAGUACGGACGACACGUUGCAUACUCCUCACAUAUUUCCACAUAUCGCAGAUGUAUUGUCGGAUGGUACUCACAUUCUUUCUGAAACUAACCAAGAAUGUUCUACUUCUAUAGCGGUCAUAGACAAAACCACGUCUAAUGAGAGAUCUUCCGUGGAAACGCAAACUUGUUCGGACUUAAAUUUACAUUUAAACGAGUCUCAUCUUAUGAAGGAGAAUACACUAACGUCUUCCAAGACCACGGCUCUCCACGCAGAAAGUAUUGUUCUGCAACAUUUGAACGUGUCUGUCACUCCUAAAAAAAUACCUCUACAGUCUUCUUCGAAAUUAUCUAUAAAUGGGGAAGAGGUUGAAUUACUGUUGAAAACAGCGGAUGGUAAAUUGAUGCAACUUUCUGCCAAUCCAAUAUGCGAAUCCUCCCAAGCGACUAGCUUGACACCUUCCCAGGUUUCUACCAUCGAACACACGAGACAACAAAGCGUACUAGUGAGAUCUGAAUUUCCACGAAACAUGGUACCAGUUAUAGAACCAAAUAAAGCUCUACCUUCCAAAAUGACUUUUGCAAAAAUGAAAUUGCAACAGGUCCUAACGAAGAAGGUAAACGCCGUCGAAAUUGAAAAAUCUCCCGAAACAAUAAUAAAACGGGAUAACAAUCAGUCUUAUGAAAAGGAAAAUCCAAAUGGGAACGUCGAUCAGCAUAAAAAGAAGGAACUUCUCGAACGUAAUCGUGCCAGUUCGAUGCGUGCCAGAGCGAAACGAAAAGCUUGGAUCCAACAUUUACAAAAAACCGUGACUAACGUUAACGAAGCUAAUGCAGCUUUGCAAUUGGAAGUAAAAGCUUUGCGUAACGAGUUGACGAGAUUGAAGACUCUCUUAUUAGCUCACAAGGAUUGUCCAAUAACGAAAGAGAUGGAAAAAGGCAAUAGCGUAGUAUUAGGAACUAAAAUAAUAUCGGUGAAUGCCGAUUCGAUUGAUACCACGGGAUCAACUAAUAAUACUCCUACGAUAAAAACUUUGACAACUUUUGUUCCUGAUGUGUCAACAAAAAAAUCGACCUCGACGACAACAACGAAAAAUCCAAUAAUAUUGCCGAAGGUCGUCGAACGUCCCGUAACAACGACUCCCAUUAUUACCAGCGGAACUAUCGUCAAAAAUAUCCCUGCCAUUAAGUUAGUCGAGGUGACACAUUUCAUAGCGGAAAAGGAUAACGAGGCGAAACAACAGCAACAAAUCAUGAUCGUUCAAAGUCCAACUAUUAGGAGAUCGGAUGAGUCGAUGCAGCCAAGAAGAAAGAUUAUACGAUUGAAUCCUAAUUACGAGAUUAGACAGGCCUCGUCGAAAACGACGACGAUGACGACAACGACGACGACGUGAAAAUCUUAACGAACUUUUUCUCUUUUCUUUUCGCUUCAUUUUCAAUCUUUACUUUUUUUUUUUUUUUUUUCCUUUACAAAUUCCAAAGCUAUUCAUUAUUAUUUUAAGUCAAUUCUCGCGAGGUGGGAGAGAGGAGGAACAAGAAACGCGUUAUGCACAUAUAUAUAUAUAUAUAAACUUUGUAUAUAAUAUUUACUUAGAUUAUUAAAUUAACAUCAAGAGACUUUCUCUUAUCGUUAUUAGAGAGUAUAUUAUUAUAUAAACACACAAGUGUGCCUGAACUCAAGUCUUGUAAAUAUUUUAACUGUGCAUCUCUAUUAUAGCCUGGUAGCGUAGAAGGGCUUGUUAACUAUUGAGAUUUCUUACCUGUGUUGUAACAACAAAAUCACUCAUGCGAAAUCGGAAGCCAACUGCUGCUAAAUAGAAAUUCUCUCUCUCUCUCUCUCUCUCUAGAGAGAGAGAGAGAGAGAGAAACGUGAAGGAGCACAUAGACAUAUAAAUAUAGAUAUUAUAUAUAAUAUAUAUAUAUAUAAGUAUUUUUUUUAUACACAUUUAUUUAUUAUAAAUAAAAUAUAUUACAGACAUCGUUUCAAAGGUUCGUCAUAUUUUAUUUAUUAUUAAAUCCUCUUAACCUAUAAUAACAAGGACAAUAAUAAUAAUAAUAAUAAUGAUAAUGGAACAAAGUAAUAGUAAUAAAGGUAGUAAGAAAAAGUUUACAACGAUCUAAAAAAUUCCUUGUUAACGAUGACAUUUAGUAACAAAUCUUAUUGACAAAGGUACCAGAGAGACAACGAAAUUUAUUAAGUAAGCAUCAAGAAGUGAAACAGAAAGAGAGAAACACAAUCUGCGUAUCUAUUCUCUCUCUUUAUAUAGUUUUAAGGGAACAUCGUUCAUUUCGUUGAAACUUUGCAAAUCGCUUGUUAAUAAGUAUGAUAAGUACGACUAAAUGUAUUUCAAAAGUUUUACUUUCAGAUAAAUAACGUAUAAGCGUUUAGAAGGACAAAGAGAAUAAGGUACUUUAUUAUUGUUAAGUUAAAGUUAUCGAAUGAUAAGAAGUGAAAAGAAAAGGACGAAGUUAACACGUAAGAGAGAGAGAGAGAAUAUGUCUCUCUUUUUUCUUGCUAACUAUAUCUAACUUUGUCCUUCUUCUUGCGUGUGUGUGUGUGUGUCUUCCUUCGUCCGAUAGACAACGACGACGAGCAGGAAGACACGAAGCACGCGCAUGGCGCCAUUUUAGAAAGAGAAGAGAAAGAGAGAGAGAGAGAAAGCAAACAAGCAAGCAGAGCAGUCCCCUUCGAAUUUCUCUCUUCACGAUGAUUCUGUGACCCUCGGGCCCUUAUCAGUUCUCCGUCCAGUCGUUUAACGAUUGUACACCGGACAGGAGAAUGAUAAGGGGCUUUGGGCACGCGUUUUAUUUUCCAAACCAACCGCAAGACAUAAAAACCAGAAAGAACCAAAGCUGCACGUGUGUGAGUCAGUCUUUCUCUCUCAUCGACGACGACACGACGAAUUUGUGUCAUCCAUCCACCAUUCGUCUCAUCCUCUUGUUGGAACCUGUAAAAAAGAAGAAAAAGAAAAAAAAAAAAAAAGAA